GCCCUGAUUUCCGGUAUGCCUUCGCCUCACAGUGUGGGGUUUUGCGCAUCUGGACCCGCAGCCCCGAGAAGAGGCUCCCUCCCUCACUGGCUGUCGGCGUCUCGCUCUCCACCUAACUGGAAGCCUGCACUUCUCGGCCAGGUGCGACAUUGUUGGAGCGCCUCAUUGGAACCGCAACCCGCCGAGAAGAUGACAGAGCCCACCCCGCCGGACCCCCCCUGCGUCCCGUGCCCAGCGGCGGCACAGGAGCCCCCGGCAGCGAACGGCCAGUGCGAGCAGGCGGACCCGCAGCAGCAGCAGCCCAAGACAGAAGGUCCGGGAGAAGGUCUGAAGAUGGACCAGGAGAUGAAGAUCACAGACAGCAUGGACGAUGGAGGUCUUCUGGAGAGCAGCAUGCGUCUGAAGCCUCAUGAAGCUCAGAGUUACCGCAAGAAAGCGCUGUGGGUGUCCUGGGUGUCCAUCGCGGUCACCAUCGUCCUGGCCAUCGCUGCUUUCACUGUUUCCAUCAUGCGUCACAGUGCUUCAGCGUUCGGCUUUGCUUUCGACGCCACGCUGGACGUGUUGUCCUCUGUCAUUGUACUGUGGCGGUACAGCAAUGCAGCAGCCGUCCACUCAGCACAUCGGGAAUACAUAGCUUGCGUCAUCCUGGGCGUCAUUUUCAUCCUGUCGUCUUUGUGCAUUCUGGGUAAGGCCAUCCACGACCUGGCCGUCAGGCUGCUCCCUGAAGUGGAUGACUUCUUGUUCAGCGUGUCCAUCGUCAGCGGCCUGGUGUGCAUCAUUCUGGCUGUGAUCAAGUUCAUGCUCGGCAAAGUGCUCACGAGUCGUGCACUUAUAACUGACGGGUUCAACUCGCUGGUGGGGGGAGUCAUGGGCUUCUCGAUCCUGGUCAGCGCUGAGGUGUUCAAGCACGAGCCCACGGUGUGGUACCUGGACGGGACAAUAGGUGUCCUCAUGGGCCUCACCAUCCUCGCCUAUGGAGUCAAGCUGCUGGUGGACAUGAUCCCACGAGUCCGACAAACCAGGAACUACGAACGUUUUGAAUGAUGGAGCGCAGAGAAAAGGACCGGGAGAAGAGUGGUGGGUGUCGGAGGGAUGGCGAGGGGCCUGACUGACUGACAGGAGAGGGGCGGGGCUUAGGGAGCCCCUCCAUCUCUGUACAGACAAUCAUUCAGCAGAGGCGCCGGCGGAGGCUUCGCCGUCUGUAAGGUCAAAGGUUUGAAUGGAGGAUCCAGACGGAUGGUGACAGCGUCGGCUGAUAAAACGUUUUACAAUGGGAUGUAAAUAUAUUAUCUUUAUCUGUCUUUAAGUGAACUGAGCAGGCUGCUCUUUCACAGGGUUAAGGGGUUGAACGCAAACUGUUUGUACAAACAGAGAUUGUACAGACUGACGUCUCCUAGAGAUGCGUGGACCCUGAGAGUCCACAGCUCCAUAAAAGCCACAGCAAGUUGAUGUAUAAUACCUCAGUUACAGCUCAUCGCCCUGUCAAAACACAGCAGUUUAGUUUCCCAUGGUUCCUCGAGGCCUUUGCUCAGCUGUGCUAUAAAAUAUGGCAGGUCAAACUGAUUGAUGCAGCCGAUGUAGCAGUGGAGUUUUUAUCUUUUUAUGACUAGGAGAGGACACACACACACACACACACACACACACACACACACACACACACACACACACACACACACACACACACACACCCCCCCCACACACACACAGGAGUAACCUGAUGUUUACAAUGCACCCGCAGGGCACAUCAUUAUGUCUGACAUGCAGUCGCAUCAGAGGCUCGCGGGCUGAUUCUGCCUCCACUCGGCUGUAGCCGUGACGACUGACCAUGAACUGGCUCAGUUGGUGAAACUGACACUGACAAACCCAAGAACUGAAUCUGUGCGUUCGUAACUGGCGCCACCUGCUGACCAGCGCAGGUACCUGCAGUUUGAAUCACAGCCAGAAACACGGUCCUUCAUUGGCUCAACAACAUUUAAAAGUAAAAAAUAAAUAAAUAUAUAUAAGCACUCAAUUUAAACUAAUCUAAAUUAAUGUUACAGCCGUCAGUCACUCUUAUGACGUAACUGGUGCUGGUGGUUUGGGCCGGUGAUGACGCGGUCGCACGCGGCUCAUCCUCAACAGGUGGUUUUAAUUAACGGCAGGUGCAGCGAGUCACUCCAGAACCAGUCGCACCAACAAACUGCGGGUUAAAAAUAGAACCAUGGAACGCGAGAACACGCCAGCUGAGCUGCCUGCGUGGAGCCGCGAGCACGCGCUCCGAUGCGUUUUCUGAACGUACCUGCGGUGAAUCCGUGACUUUUACCCGAGUGACUGGAUGUUACGUCACUCACCGCACUGAGGCUUUGGACCGAACACAAGUCAAUAUUUGCCUUUUUUAUAGUGGGCUCAGUGUCAACAUGUUUAAUUUCUUAUCUAGUGUUUGUUUUGGCUUUUCAGUGACAAGUGGUGCUUCGUGCACACUGGUGAAGUAAAGGCACAGUCAUACAACUAAUAAUGAAUUGAUUUAAUUGAUAUACGCUAUUUUGCUGCUGUUGGAGCAGCAUUUAACUGUAAUGACAGUGUUUAAUCUGUGCAUCUGUCACAGUGGACUCAAACAGAAACCAUCAACAUGUCACUUAAGACUUCAGCUGACUGCAGAUCAGUGAUCUGUCAACAGGGCCAUAAAACUGCUUGUCACAGAUUAUUUAAUUACCUUUAAGCCACAGGAAAAUACAAUGUGUUAAAGAAUGAGUGUAAAUCUUAAACAGUUCAUCUAACGCUUUUGUUGAAACCUUUGGUUUAAAGCUGAAAAUCAACACUUUAAUCAUAUAUUGAUUGAUUGCAGUCCACUGUUUGCGAUCAGAUAUAAAAUUGUCCUAAUGGACAAAAUGACUUGAUUAGAUUUGGACUGUGUUGCUGGCAGCAAAAUUAAUGUUUGAUGUUAGAAGUUAGAAUGAAGGACUCUGUUUCCAGGUGAAUCGUCCUGAUCGGUAUUUGUCCGCCAUGAACAUAGAUGUACAGUAAAUCUGUUUGGAGUGUCAGUAGUUGGUCACAGGCGUCGCAGGCGGGAGCUUUUCAUUGGUUUCUAUGCUUUCCUCAUGUCUGUGCUUGCUGUGCUGUGACACCAGUUUGUACGACAUUCUAUCCCUACUGUUGAUUUGUGUUUAGAUUAGCUUUGACACAGUUUAUGGAAUCAUGUUGGUGCCGAACAUGUGAUGCAGCCACUCAUUGUUCUGUAGUGAAACUGACUGUGCAGAGCUCCAACACUCAGUUAAUCAGACUGUUUUAGUUGGUUUAUUAAUGAAUAGGUCUAAACAGAUAACACAUGUGUCUAGUUCCAGUGAAAAGUGCAGCAGUAUAUUUGUAGGUAAAUUAUUUAAACCGGUUAUUGUUAGGCCAGUUAACAGCUCUUUGUCAUGCAGACUAUAUGUUGAAAUGCUCAAACACUGAGAAAUCAACUCCAUCAGCUCAGUUUUGUGGGACUUCAUGAAUGAGACUGUGUGAAGGUGUAAACACACACCGGCUGGAACUGCUUUUCUGUGCAGGUGUAAAUAUCGACUCUAUAACGCUGUGAUGUGAAAUCAAGACUUUGAACCAUUUGUCACAGAAAAAAGGUUUAUUUAAAAAUAAAGUUAUAUCCAUCUUAUAGACUGUGAAAACAA